AUGAAUAUAGGCAACACUAAGAUGGAUACAACUAAACAACGUUCAUUGACAGAACUUCCUUUAAAUGUUAUAUUUAAAAUACUACUACAAUUACAAAUGAGUGAUCUCCAAAAUCUUGCCAAGACUUGUAAUUUAUUACGAAUAUUGGCUAACGAAAGUGUAGUCUAUAAGAAUUACUAUCAUAAUACCAAUAGCAGUAAGAACACAAAUACGAACACGAGUAAUAAUUUAGCUAAACUUUGGACUAAGAAGUUAAUAUUUGACACAUUCCAUAUCUUAGAUGAUUACAAAUCCAAUGGUUCUUUGUCUUCUUUGAUAAACUGUGAAAAUGAGAAUGAAAUCUCAAUAAUUAAAACAAUGCAUUAUAUUCAAAAACAUUUCCAACUAGGUGAAAACAACGAAGACACUAGCCAUACGAAACUUCUGGAAGACAAUAAUGAUAAUGGGAUUCAGGAAGAAUCGAAUAGUAAUAAUAAUAAUAAUAAUAGCUUUGCCAAAGAUACUUUGAAAUAUUUCAAAAUUUUGAACGGUAUAAGGAAUUUCAUCAAUCAUGAAGAAAUAUCUACAAAAGAACAAACUAAACCAGAUGUGAAUCAAAAGCACCCUCAAAAUAAAAGUGAUUAUCUACACUCAGUCUUAUUGUAUGAUGAAACGGAAGAAAAUUCACCUACACCAAUUAUAAAUACUUCAUCUCAUUCAAAUCAUUCAAGAUCCUCUACUACUUCCACUUUAUUCUCAGAUGAUGAAGAAUGGAAUAUAACAAAUGAGGAAUGUGAUGAUACUUCUACGAUGAAGCAAAACAAUAAAGACAAUAAUGGCAAAAAUAAUAAUAAUAGUAACGUUGUCAAUACACCGAAUGACACUUUAGAGAAAGAUUCAAAUGAGGUGGUACUAAAAUUACAGAUCGAUAAAACUAUAGAAGCAGAACCAAUUGUUACCAAUAAAAAAUACAUUGAACAGAACUCAAAGGAAACUAAUAAUAAUAAAACCAAAGAAGAUCCAAUCAAUCACUUAAGAAAUUCAAAAAAAGUUAAAGAUAAAGCUGCAUUAUUUGAAAAUUUUUUGAAUAUGGAACAAGAGAUGAAACAAUUAAAAGACACUACCGAAAAACAAACAAACAUAACGCCGAAAUCGUACGGUUCUUUAACUCAUAAUACCCAUCUAUAUCGCCAUAAUCAUGUUAACCACAAUAACCAUCGAACAGUAUCCAUAAGAGAAAUAUCAAGGACAUAUUUAAAUGAAGUACAAAAGGAAGAUGAAAAGAAAUUAUUAAUAAAUAAAAAUAAACCAAGAAUUAGGAACACUUCAUUUCAAAGAAAUUUUACAAAAUAUAAGAGUCUUUUGGAAAAGGAAAAUGGAAAUCUAGCAUCAUCAUCUUCAUCCUCACAUAUACCAGCAUCGUCACUGUCUAGAUCAUCAUCUAUGACUUUUAAAGAUAAUACUAAAAAUAUACAGCCAAUGUCCAACAUCAAAGAAUCAGAAGAAGAUAAUACUGAUCGUACGUCCCAACAAAGUCAUGAUAGAAAUGCAAAUGGUAUUUUCAGGAGUAAAUUAGACGCAACCACUGAUCAUAAUAUUAUUUCAAGUGGAAAAAAAACAUAUCGCAAGGUUUAA